CCCUCAAAGACUUAUCAACCUGAAGGUUGUGACAUCUUUUGUAUCCUUGAUGUUGAACCUCUACAAUUUUGUCUAGUGUUCCGAAUGAGUCAGUGUGACAAAGAGACUUUAAAUUCUGAAGAUACAAAACUUGCAAUUGGUGAUGUUGUAUACGUCGGUUCUGGGACCGCGCGGAUCGGUAAAAUUGAGUUCAUCGGAGAGACACAGUUUGCCACCGGAGAGUGGGUUGGCGUAAAUCUGUUCUCACCAUGUGGAAAAAAUGAUGGGUGUGUUGAUGGUGUAACUUAUUUCACAUGCAAGCCGUUGCAUGGAAUAUUUUCUAAGCGUGGUAAUGUCCGAUUAGCACCAACCCCUAUACCUGAAGAAUUAUGUUCAAAAGUAGAUUCAGCAAUUCCUGAUAGUGAUAAAGUGCUAAAUAGCCAGUCAAAACAAAAUAGUGUUUUAGACGUUAAUAGUGUCUGCUCAUCCAAAAUUUCUUUACUGAAUUCUCCUGCUUAUGCAUCUGGGCGAAAUACUUUGCAAAUUGGUGAUCAUGUUCAAGUUUCUGGAGGUCGAAUCGGUAUCCUCAGAUAUCUUGGGCCCACAGAAUUCGCUGCCGGUGAAUGGGCAGGUGUUGAGUUAGAUGAACCUAUCGGGAAAAACGAUGGCUCAGUUGCUGGUGUACGAUAUUUUACUUGUAAACCAAAUCAUGGAUUGUUUGCAGCAGCUAAUAAAGUUGCACCUGCUGAUAGUAAGAAUGGAUUUCACACAUCUGGUUUUGAUGCAUCAAAAAAUAGUCAGAAUCGUCGAAGUCAAGAGUCUUUGCUAUCCUAUUCAUCCAAUUUGAGUUCAGUAUCUCGAUCUUAUCGUUUAAAUCAAGUUAAUAAUGGCUUACAGAGUCGUAAUAACGUAGCCGGUAAUCGACGACCUAUAUCAUCAUCGAUCAAUACUCCAAAUCGUAGAGAAUCUACAUCUAAUUUACAAUCAUUACAGCGUUUAGUCAAGGAAAAAGAAGCACAUAUUGAACAACUUUUACAAGAACGUGAAAUGGAACGUUCUGAUUUAGCUAAAGUUACUUUAGAAAAAGAAAUGGUUCAAGCUGAAACAUUGAAUCAACGCGCUGUAAUACAACAAUUAAAUCGACAAUUAGAAAAUAUGGAAGCUGUUCUUCAGCAUUUACGUGAUGAACAUGAACAAACAACAAUUAAAUUGCAGGAAGAACGAAAAAAUUUUGAAGAUUUACAAUUUCGAAUAGAAGAAGAAAAUAUUGAUAAAAUUACAAUUGAAUCGCAGAAUGCUGACGAUGAAUCAAAAAUAUUUGAAUUGGAAGAAGCUUUAAUGUCAGCUCGUGAAACUAAUGAACGUAUGGAAGUGGAAUUAAAUAAAUUACGUACAGAAUUAAAUGAUCUUACACAGAAACAAUUAAAAGAUUUAAAUCAAACUAGUGAAAAUCAAUCAUCAGGUCAAGAAAAACCAUCACUCCAAGUUGUUGAACUUGUAUCUGAAACAUCUAUUACUCCAACUAACAAUGAAAAUGAAUCGUUUCAAGGUGAAUGUGAACAGUUACGUAAUUUGUUGGCUGAACGUCAGGCUGAAGCAGAAAGUAUUUUAAAGAAUCAAGCUGAAACAAUUGAAUCGUUAACCGUGGAAUUCAAUGAACAAAUUGAAAAAUUAAAUAGUCAAUUGAAGAACUCUUUAAAUGAAAUGGAAACAUGCAAAAAUGAGAAUAGUUUAUUAAAACAACAAAAUGAAGAAUUAGCCUUAAGUUUAAAAAGUCAAAUUGAUCAAUUAAACAAACAGUUAGCAGAACAAAAAAAAAUUGCUAACGAAAAAUUAUCAGUGUUUGAAAAUAAUAUUAAAGAGUUGAGUUGUUUAUUAGAAGCCGAAAAAUCUAAAUCCAAUUCAUCUUCUAAUCAUUCACAUAUGACCAGUGAAGAUUUAAAUAAAUUAAAAGAACAACAAAAUACAACUAUGCAAGAAUUAACUGAUUAUCAGAAUAAUGUCUUAUCCGCCAUUGAAUCAUUUCAUGCUGUACAAGUAGAAGAAGUGAAUCAUUUACAAUUAGCGCAGAAAAACAACACCGCCGGUGAUGAUGAUGAUGCGCAGAAUGCUGUUAAUCAAGAGACUAUUAAUUUAUUAUUGGAAAAACUUAAAGCACAAGAAGCACUAUUCAAUGAACAAAAAGAUCAAUUGGCUAAUAUUAAACUACAAUGGAUGACAUCACGGCAAGAUAAAGAGAAUUCUGAAAAUAAACUCAAUGAAAUUGAAGAUUAUACAAAUAAAUUGAAAAUAGAAUUAAAUGAAUCGAAAUUAAAACAAAACGAAUUACUCACUGAAUUAAACAAUGCUCAUUUGAAACGUGAUAAAUUAGUUGAAGAAAUUUCUAAAAUUCUAGGUGAUUUAUCUAUAGCCGAAGAUUCUGAGGAUUUUUCAACAAUUUUAUGUAAACGUAUUAGCGAUUUAAAAGAACAAAUAUGUGAACAAGAAAAAGUUCGUCAAGAUUUGGAAAAAUACUGUCAAACACUAGAAAGUGAACGCAAUGAACUAGAGAGUGAGCUGACACGAAUCAACGUGACCUUGAAAAAUUCCAGUGAAGUACAAAUGGAUGAUGCAACCUUGAAAGAAGAACUGGAUAAUGCACGGCAAAAAAUGUUUUCAUUAGAGAAAAGUGCUUCCGAUGCAUUUGAUCAACUGGAAAUUAAAUCAAAUGAAUUACAAACCAUCCAAUCACAGUUGGACAAAGUUUUAAAUGAACAAAUGGAGUUGGAAAAAGUACAUAAUCACACAAUAACAGUGUUAGAAUCUGAAAAACAAGUAUUAUUAGAACGUAUUAAAGAAGCAGAGAAUCGUUUACUUGAAUAUCAACAAUCGAAAUCAUCAACUGAGCCUACAAAUCGAUCAGCUGACGAAGAACAAGAAGAAAAAGCUUCAACUGAAUCACAAAUUAAUUUUCUCAAUUCCAUUGUAGUUGAUUUACAUGCUAAGAAUACGGAAUUAGAAUCUCGUAUACGUGCAAUGCUUGUUGGAACGGAUGAACAAUCCGACUUACAUUCUGGCAAACAUAUGAAACCACGAAAUCUACCACCUCCUCGUUUAUGGUGUGAUAAUUGUCUUGUAUUUGAUAGUCAUGAUACUAAAGACUGUUGUACACAAACAAACGAAACUCAUCAUCAGCAUCAUAAUAGCAAUAAUAAUGGUCUGAUUAAAAAUGCCACCACAAUCCCUGACGAGAUGAUGCCUAGAAAGUCAUCGUUGAAAAACUUUCAUAAAAUUUCUAAAUUUAAUUCAUCUGUCACUACAACAAAUCGUUUAUAUUGUGAUAAUUGCGGUAUAUUCGAUGAUCAUUUAACUGAGAAUUGUACAGAUACGCAAACAUUUUAA